CUGCCUGUCAAGUUUGACAGGUUUUCUUUUAGGGCCCACUUUGGGCCCAAGAUUGGCCCAUUAACGGCCCACGGUUGGAACUCGUCAGAGUCAACCAGUGUGCUCGCCCGCGCUCGCGAAGCUGUGAACUUGCCGGCGGCGAAUCUUGGGUUCUGAUUGGCAGAUGCUAUGGCGGAAGAGGAUGAUAGCCCGAUGGAUUUGCCGGAGCUGAAGCAAGGCGGCUGCUCGAUGGUCGUGAUUAGAAAGAAGAGUGAGUGGAAUGUCUUCCCUCCGAUCAACCAUGAGAACCUGCAGGUCUCGUCGCGGCUUUGUAAGGAAGAAGACGGCGAGGAGGAGCAGGGGCAGCAGAAUACCCCAUCUUCGUUCUCGCCGCUGUCGUCGGAUUCACUCUCCUCCCCGUCGAGCUCCUCGAUCACGUCUUCCUCUUCAAUGUCGUCGUUCCCGCCGUUGGAGGAUGGCGACGAGGUAGUCCCGGAGGAUACGCACCGGUCGGAUUCGACUGUCCGGGUCCGGGAGGUGGGUGACGUCAGCGGGUGGUGGAGGAUCGGGUUCGGGGUACUGCGCUCGAAGGUGUGGGGAAUAGUCGGGUGGCCGUUUUGGUGUGGAAUUGCCGCGAGAGGGAGAGCACUCUGGUCAUUUGCUCCGGCAGCAGCGGUGUUGCUGUGGCUGCUCUAUGUCUGGCUCCGGCUUUGGAGAUGGCGGAAUCAGAGACUGAGGACGGAGGAGCGGUUGGCGUGUCUCGUCAAGGAGAAAGAUGAGAAAAUUGCUCAGCUGCUGAACCAAAUUGCUCAGAUGAACGAGCUGCUAAUCUCGCGACACAGUUCUUUGGCUCCAAAAUUGGCCACCCGACGAUAAAUAAAAUAUCGCAACCGAGAUGGUCUGAGAGGCAGUAAUGCUCGAAGUCUCAUGUUUGCUGGGCUAUUCAGUUGCCGAGUAUAAUUUGGGACUGUCAUCAUUUGCAGCUUGGGAUGAAAUGAGCAAACCGAAUGUGGUGAGAGUCGGAAAUAAGAAUCGGAGCUCCUGGAUCUUAUAUUCUUUUCUUGUUUCACAAAUGGCAUCGUAAAUCUCUCAUGAUUGUUACUGCUUGUACACAUGGUCAAUCGGCUCGUCAGUUUUGCAGGUUGCAAGCAUUCUAUACAUAGGCAGACUGCAGAUAUUGUAAGCUUAUUCAGAUUUAUUAUCACGUAUAAAUAAACACGUUCAUCUUUUAGCCA